AUGAUUGACACCUUAAAAAAGAAGUAUGGAGGUGAAACAUCCGAUGCCACUGCUUCCACCGGUACAAGUGAACAAACAGGGGCUAAAUCAAGCAAAGAUGGAGAACAAACAGAAAAAAAGAAGAAAAUGUCCAAGUCAAAACCCAAGGGUGUUGCAUCCAGCAAACCAGCAACAUACAUGAAAGAAAAGGACUCAAAUACUCCUACAUCUUCCCAAGAUUAUAAUCAAGCAUCUGUAGUGGUCGAAGCAUGUGCACAACAUUUCAAAAUAAGGAACAGAACAAGGAGAGUGGCCAUAGAAGAUAUUAAAGGUGUGCAUGAUGAGGGCGUUGCCAUGUGGAAAACAAUUUUGAGCCAGCAAAAGGAAGUUGAGGAGGAAAUAGAAAAACAAUUAAAAGAAGGACAAGAUGUAGUUGCUCAAGAAAAGGGAAAAAGAAUAGACAAUGACACCACUGAUGAGUUUGAUGUAUUUACAGUUGAAGAUAUCAUAGCAAAGGGAACCAAUCAAACUAAGCAUCUCGGAGAAGAUGAAGUCAUAAUUGAGGAGAUCCCUUAUGAGGAAAGACCUCAAAGGAAUCCAGUGACAAUAAAUACUCCCACAACAAAUCCUACUAACAACGAACUGCAUUUACCAAAAAAAGGUGCAGAGGAAGAAACCCCAAAGGUGAUAGAUUCAUCAAUACCAUUUGUUGAUGAAGCAGAAAAGAAGGAAAAGAAAAUAGAAAGGAAGGAAAUAGAAACAACUGAAACUAGUCCAAAGGAGACCAAGGAACUAGAAUUGGACAAGAAGAAAGAGGAUUCCUUAUCCGGUCAACCUAAAGGAAGUAAGAAAAUAGUGAUGGACACUCCUCCAAUGAAACAGAAGUUAGAGUUAGAAAAGGAAAGUGGGAAUAAGAAAGCUAAACUCACCAUCUCAGCCAGCUCUAAGGUUGAGGCUGAAGAAGAAAAAGAAGAAAAAGAGGAGGAAGAAGAGGAAGACUCAAUAAUAGAUACAAAGAAGAUGACCCCCAAAUAG